CCAACUCCUGCGUUCCAUCUGUAGCAAAUCCAUCAAUACCCAUCCUAUUCUCCCUCAACCUCUGUUUUUACCUCGUCACCUAGCAUGCUCAAUUCCAACGGGAAGAAGGAAUAGGAUUGGGAAAGGGAAUAAAGUUUUGUUUUUUUUUUUGUUUUCCUGAAUUUUUAACAUUUUCCUUCAGCUAUAACUAUUGUGGGGGCUUGAGGCACCUAAAUCCGCUGUUAUCAAUCGACCCCCCUUCAUUUCCGGAUCCAAAAGUAGUCACUUCCCAUGUCGUAUUAGUCUCCAAUUGUUUCAAUCCGUCCAUUUUUGGUGGAAUUUACACUUUGAGAUUGUGAAUACUUGGCAUUGUUGGUACUAGAGCUCUUCUGAGAUCGUUAAGUGAAUCUGGGUGGUGACCAAUGUGAGGUUUUAGGCCUGGGUUUGGAGUCUCUGAAGAUUUUGCUGAAGUGGGAGGUCUUUCUGGGGGCAAUGUUUUGUGGUUUUUUGGUUUUCUGGUGCAAGAGGGUGCUUGCGGUGGAGGAAAUGGUGAAUGCAAGGUACGGAGUGAUUGAGCAGUGGGCAUUGUUGUUGAGGAAUGCCUGGCCUAAGGUUUCUAUGGUUUGUAAGAUUUUCAAAGACCAAGGUGUGAUUCUGACCGCACUUUAGGUCUAUCUGCAUUAUUCUCAAUGGCAGAAACUUCUAUAACUACACUUGUGGCCAUGGAAGAGCCAUUCUAUGGUACAAGUUGCUUAUACAAUAGGGAGAGAAGAGAAAAAUUGUCAGAAGAUUUCUAUUUUAGCAUUCUACCAACUGAUGCAUGAUGUAAGCCUUAAAACUAAUGUAGCGUUAAAUUCUUUGGUAUCUUCAGAACCUCGUGGACUUUUCUAUUUAGAUGCUCCGUCAGCAUCUGUGUGUCUACUAGUCCAAUUAGAGAAGCCUGCAACAGAAGAAGGGGGAGUGACUCCUUCUGUUUAUUCAUGUAAAGAACCUGUAUGUAUGAAGAACUUAUAUGUUUCCAUCUUGCUCAUCUUCAAUCUGACCUCUGAUUAAAUGUGACAAAAUUUCUCUUUUGUUGGCUUGCUUGUGACCUGGCAGCAAGAAUUUUACCUGUUGGCUUGGUUGUUACCUGGCAGCAAGAUUUUUACCUGUUGGCUUGCUUGUUAUCUGGCGGCAAGAAUUUUAACUAUUGCCCCAUCAUCAUCUGUCUUUCAAUUGGUUUUUACUGUAGUUCUUACUGUGGAAAAUAAUGGCUCUGCAUCUGCUAGAUAAGUUAGCUAAUCAUUGGCAUUGCAAUUAAUGCUUGAUAUUUUAGUUUUUCGGCCAGGGUGAUUAGAAGUCAAUGUUUUGGUACCUCUAGCAGGAAGGGAUGUUUAUUUCUCAGAAAUAUGAAUCAACUGGAGUUUGGUGAACGUUGACAUUUUAAAAGAUGAGAGAAAACAAAGCAAUAAAAAAACCUGGUGAUG